AUGACGGCCCAUUCCCAUUCAAAGAGCAUUCCCUCAGGAAAAAUGGCGGCCUAAACCGCACUCUUUCUUGCUUGGAGGAGGCGCUUAUCCAAUCCCCGCCCCGCGGCCUCCUUGCCCUCUUUCCUGAUUGGUUGCUCUUCCGAUCGCUUGCCCUCCUUGUCUCCGCCUCCCGUCUUGGCUCCGGAUAGGACACGAAGGCAGAAGGCAGCCAUGGCGGACUGGGGCCGAGGUCAGAAUGCAAGUGCUGUGGAUGAUAUGCUAGAUGAGGAAAACAAGCGUAUGACCGAAAACCUGAGUUCUAAAGUCACCCGGCUAAAAUCGCUUGCACUAGACAUUGACAAAGAUGCUGAGGAUCAAAAUCACUACCUAGAUGGCAUGGACUCUGAUUUCAUGAGUGUAACGGGCCUUUUGACUGGGAGUGUGAAGCGUUUCUCCACCAUGACCCGUUCAGGAAGGGACAAUCGCAAACUUCUUUGUUACAUCUCCGCUGGACUUGUUGCUGUAUUCUUCAUCCUCUAUUAUUUGGUGGCAAGGGCACGAACUUGAGAAGCAUUACCAAAAAAUUAUACUCGGGUGCUUGUGUGUAAUACAGUGGCACAAAAUCUUAUAACAGGAGGGAAGGGGGAGCUUUAGAAGACUUCCUGUUAAGGAACUGUCCAGAUUUCACAGUGAUCCAGAGAAUUCUCUAUGAACUCCAUUGUCAUUUUUCUAGACUAACUUUUAUUUGUCUUUAAUAAGGGUAAAGUUAUUGUGCCAUUUUAUGUCUGAAAGCAUAAAUUUAGCAAACUUCACUUCCAUAUUGGAAAGAAACAUUCUUAAAUUGGUUUUCUCUUUCUGCUGGGUGGGAGGGGAAACAUAUUGAUGAUGUUGGCAUCAGCAGGAAAAUCCUGAUCCACAUCUUGAUUGCAAUCCAUAUCAUAACAGAAAUGUCCUAGUACUUAAAUUCAGUGAAAAAUAAGUGCUGUCAACGGGAUACUGAUAUUAGGACAUUGGUGUACUGGAAACAAUUUAGCUACGAUCCAGCUUUUUUCAAGAAAAAAAUCAGUGGUUAUUUUCUCUGUUCCUGGGUAUACCAGCACUUAUAAUAUGUUCACAAUCUCUUUGCAUGUUGUUCUCAAGGACUUGCUUAAUAGAACAGAGAUGUGCUUGGAAUAAUUCCGGAAAGAAGAAAGCAUGAGAACUUACACAAAUGUCGCCAUUUCGUCUUCAUUUUUGUUUGUGAUUUUCAUUCUUGUCAAACUUCUAACUACAUAAUUUAUAUUUAUCCCUGGUUAUAUAAAACCCUAUAAGAAGUUAAUGUAUCUUUAUUUUUAAGAAUUUGUGAAGAUUCACCUAUUAAAUAUGUAUUAAUGA